CUUUCUCCUUGGAACUUGGCUGCUUAAACACCGCAGCCAACGCAUUCUCCGGGGCUCGCAGAAUGCAAUUCUCCGGGCGUGUGGCCCUUCCGGCCCCCCAUGCACACCCCGUGCCAAGGACAGCUGCCCGCCUUGGCGAAGGACAGCGUCCUCCCUCGUGGACCCGACAGGUGACCUCUGUAGCAGCUGGGCUCAUGGCAGGCCUUGCGAGCACCCGGCAGGCGGUGGCGCGGCGUGCGAAAGGCACGCAGGUCCUCCCUUUGGGCCGCUGGCUGCAGCGCUUCUUUUCGCUGAGAAACAGGCAGUUUUGGAACUAUUCCGUUUCUCCCAGGAACUACUUUGUGCGGAGAUGGCGUGCCGAAGACUUGAUCCAAGCAGCUUUCGUCUGCGUGGUGCACUUGGGCGCCUUUGCAGCACCUUUCUUCUUCACCUGGAAGGCCUUCGCUUGCUUUUGCGUGGGCUACGUGAUCACAGGCAUGCUGGGCAUCACCUUGUCCUAUCAUCGGCAGCUCUCCCACCGUGCCUUCGCCACUCCUAAGUGGCUGGAGUAUGUUUUGGCCUACUGUGGUGCCUUAGCCGUCCAGGGUCCGCCAAUCAGCUGGGUGUCCUCCCAUCGGCAUCAUCAUGGCAACACAGAUGCAGAGGAUGAUGUGCAUUCUCCUCGGGAUGGCUUUUGGUGGUCACACAUGGGCUGGCUUAUGGACAAGGACGGCACCAAGGUCCGAGAGGACAAGAAGAACGCCUCGGACAUAUCGUCGCAAAGCUACUACCGCUUCCUGCAACAGACCUACGGUCUUCACUGUGUGGUGCUGCCCAUUUGUUUGCUCUACGCCUUUGGUGGAGUCCCCUGCGUCCUGUGGGGCUUCUUUGCCCGGGUGGUGUGGUUCUGGCACAUCACAUGGGCCGUGAACUCCGUAAGUCAUGUGUGGGGCUUCCAGGACUGGAAGACAGGCGACCUCUCGAUGAACAAUUGGCUUGUUGGGAUUUUAGCCUUUGGCGAGGGAUGGCACAACAAUCAUCAUGCCUUUGAACGAUCUUGUCGACACGGACUGAAAUGGUGGCAGGUGGACUUUACGUGGUACGCCAUCCGCACUCUGGAAGCAUUGGGUUUGGCCUGGAAUCUUCAGUAUCCUUCUCAAGGCCGCAUGGAGAGAUUGGCCAUGUGAAGGGCUUCUCCCGAAGGAUGCCACAUGCCGUCGCAGUGAGGGCGCGGUGUGGCCAAGGUGCGAUGCGUCGCAUCGCCACGGAAGGUGUUCCAUAGGAAGUCCCGUGGGUUCGUUUGAAGCCACCACUCCUCGCGUCCCGCGAAAUCCCUCUUCCGGUGGCAAAGUCGACGCCUGGAAGUGACACCCAUGUGC